AUGGAAGAUAACCGUCGUAUUAAGCACGAAGGGCAGAAGAAGCGUAGAAGGCAAUCGAAUCCAGCACCGCAAGACGAAGAACCAUUAAUCGAACAAACUCGUCGCAUUAUCAAUGAUCUACCCACGACACCGACCAUGUACGAUGGCACCUAUCCCGCGUAUGAAGAUUUCAGCGUCACUCUCGUGGCGCAAUCGUCCGUGUCCGAGCUAAGUUUCUCUUCCGAUUCCCCAGACAGCGAUUCCACCGUCCAUUAUCAGAGUGCCAUUGAUCCAAUCAUCGAGCUUCCGUCGACUCCCUCAAAGGGUGGCAACCAUUCUCGGGAGUAUGUUGAAUCUGAAACCAUCACACCGAGUACGAUAGGUGCUGCCCUUGGCUCCGGCACGGUGCUGAUGCAACGAUCGCUGGAAAAUCGGCUCGCGAAACAGCUCGAAGAAAUGCAUGCUCUGAUGAAUAACGACGAGGACCUAGUCGAGCUGAAGCAACCAAGCAUCCGUUCGAUGGCAUCGCACCCGGCUUUCAACAAGGAAAUGAUGCGUGACUUUAUGGAGCAUUCGGAAACGAUGUUUAACCUGGUGCAUGAUAAACACGGAAACAGUGUGCAGUUCGUCAUUGGUAUUGAGGAAGCGGAACCAAGCGACACGGAAUCACCCGGAAGUUCGCACAGAAAGGUUCGUCACGCUACAGCACCCAUCGAAAAGGACAAUAAUCAGGAGAGCGAGUUUGUAGGAUGCUUCACCAAGAACAAUGACACGGUGCUGUACAAGCGAACGAUGCAGGAAGGGUUCAAAAACGAACGGGACGAUCGGAAAAGCAUCGAUUCCCUUAUCGCUCAUCACGCCGAAUGUCUGGUGGAAGCGGACAAAAUCACCAGUCCGAAAGUUCAGGUACGACAAGGAAAUGAUGACAGUCUGCUUGCUUUGCUGACGUUUUCCGACCAGUCAUCGGCCAUACUGAAAACAUCCGGCGCAACGGCGGAAGGGAUUCGUUCGGAAAAGGAACUCAACCAAGUGUUGCUUACCACCUACCGGCAGCUUCUCGCUGAGCCGGAUGAAAUGAUUUCGAUGCAAACACAAGCCGCUUCCGUUUCUGCAGAUCCAUGGCAACAUGAUUCUGAAGGACCGUACCACAAACACCAAGUACGCUCGGGAGUAAUGAAUAAUCUUAGGAAAGCUACGUCCAGUUUUGGUCUUUCGAAUGAAUCUCCCGGUGGGAUGGUGGUACAGGGAUCCAGUAAGAAUUUUAUCAAAUGUCCCAAGACGCAACAUGCGUCCGAAAUCGUGCUCAAUCUGCGUUUGCUACUUGAAGAAUACAUCCUGCGAAACAUUUCUGUAACUGGAACGGUUGUAAAGUUUGUCUCGCACGUCCUAUCGGAUGUGUUGCGAUGCGAGCGGCAGGAAAUAGGAGACGACUUCCGGAAUCUUGAUUUGGUUGAUAAAAUCAAACGUGUACUUGACGAGCUACUGAUGCCACAAGAGCUAGAAGAUCCGUCAACGAUAGUGAACCGGCUGCGUCAUACAAUUGAGCAAAUUCAAAAUUAUCCGAUCCAAGCGCCAACACUGCUACACGCUGAAGAUGCGUGGAAUUGUGUGCUUACAAUGUUGGAAAAGCUAUCUUGCGAGUUGGACCACGACAUAGACCAGCCGGAACAGUUCAUUGAAGCGUUACAGUAUGGCCUAAUAAGCGUUACUAAUUCGUCAAUCGUUCGCAACGAUCAUCCAGCUACAAAAGUUGUCACAAUUGAUCCUUCUUCUGUUCAAGCAAGCUCCAUGUUUCCCAGAAGUACCAGCAUUCUGGAGAUUGAUCGAUACGAAGCACCUUCGGUAUCAUUUUGCAAGCCAUACGUUUGCUUUAUAGAGCGAAUAGUGAUGGUUCUUUGGUCGGCUCUCGUGUGGAUAUUGAAUCAAAUGAAUAGCUUUUGGGACUUUCUCAACAGUCCUCCUCCCGUGCUUCUUUCCGAACCUUCAGUUACCUUCCAACAGCAUCAGGUCGAGCGAGAUCAGCUUAAUCAAGCGACAAACGUGUUACGAAUCGCGCUGGAAAAAUCUUCACCCCGUACUUCAGAAUUGGAAGAAACGAAUCGCUCGGUGAAUGAUCGUUCAAUUGAGAUGUUCGCCCAACUGCUACAUCAUGCUGGUAACAUUGAGCUAAAACAUUCCGACUCUCAGCACAACAUCCACCUGCAGCUAAACGCGAGCAUUUCUGGCGUGUUGGAAAAGCAAGAGGCGGACGAGUAUUUGACAAUGGCGGGAAACAUUCGUGACCAUGAGGCCAACGUGGCUGUAUUUUUCGAAGCCCGUAUCAUCGAUAUGGAAUCGCUGGCAGACGUUGAAUCGGUUAUGGAAUGCGUAACCAGAAUUGAACGACUAUCAGACGAUGUGGACAACAUUGAAGCGUUGUCUGAGGAAACGAUCGUUCAUCCUUUUCCAGCAAGGCAAUACGAUGAUGAGCAGGUUAUAAGUGAGUUGAUUCAGGAGAUGGUAUCGAAUGGUAACUACGAGGAAACUUCACAUUUGGAGAGCUCUGCAGGGCCAGAACAGUUGCUUCGAGAGAUCAUGUUUUGUUUGCAGCACCUUUUGGAACCGGUGACAACAGCUGUACACACCAUAUACGAACAGAUUGCUAGUGACAGUGGUGAGAAAUCGUUUACUACUCAUGCUGACGCAAUGCAGGAACGUCAUACAGAAGACGACGAAGAAAUUGAAUGUAGGAGGGAUUCAAAAAUUUCAAAUAAGGAUGUUUUAAUUUCGGAUGUCAACGACGAGGUUGAAAUACUCGAAACGGAUUCUACGGCGAUACAACAAUCAUCAAGAGAUUCACAGUUAGCAGAACCACUUCAAGAGUUAGUGACGCUUUUUCAUGCCACAAACGAUCGACUUGAAAUGAUGGAUUCCGAUAUUACGACCAUUCGAAAUCAGGUACAGCAGUUGGUUUCUCUACAGCAGCAACAGCAAGGUCCUCCUGAUGGAACUAAAGCAGUCCGCCCCGAAGAGCGUCGAUCACGUCGGAAAUCUUCGUUUAAACCUGUUACUAUGCAAACUCCAUACGAAACUCAACUGACUCAAUGCCCGAUGCAACGUAAGCCGACACUAUUUGCCCAGAGUGAUUCAUACUGUCCGACAGAAAUAUACUCCUGCCAUGCCGUGGCACCGGAUGUGCUAGUCGUUCACUGGAGAGUGCUGGACGAGAAUGUGCUACAUUGUAUAGCAGGAUUCGAGAUUUACAUCGACGAUAGUCUGCGUUCUAUUUGCUUUUCGAACAAACGAAGAACGGCGUUGAUUGGCAAUAUUGAUCUACAGAAACAUCAUCAUAUUGCACUGCACGUAACAAUUCAACCCGAUUUGGGUGGAGCAAGCAAGACGGCAGCACAAUGGGCCCCUGCAUUCUUCCUCUAUCACACAUGA